AUGGCCAAGCAUCUUCCGUUAACAAGAACCGCCAUCAUCUUUUUAAUAGCCACUUUGCUCCUGUUUUACUCCUACUCGUCUAGCGAAUACAGUGUCCAGAAAACAACCGGAAAUGAAUGGCAGGAACCGGAACAAUUAGAGGCAAGCGACAGCAUGAGAAUGACUGACAGCGACGUCGCUAAAGCGAAUCAGUACCCCUACAUGGUGGCGUUAAUGAUGUUCGAUCCUGAAACCGAAGCGUACUCUCAAUUUUCCUGUGGACGAUCUUUGAUUAGUCGAACUCACGUCUUGACAGCUGCCCACUGCGUGUGCGUUGGCGACACAACCGAAGCAAUCGAAAUUGACCAGUUGGUCUUUUUGGGGGUCCACUUCAUCGACGAAACAGACAACGACGCCGAGUCGGUGAAAAACGUCCGCAGGAUCAAAAUUCACGAGAAAUACGAUCCCGAAAACUGGCAAAUUGCCGGUUCUAAUAAUGUAGAUUUUGUGAAUCCUUGA